AUGAACACUUCUAGCAGACGCGGCUCUAGCUCUCGUUCUACCAUUACUACUGCUGCCAGUUCAUCCUCUUCUAGUGGUAAGCAUUCAGCUGUCAAGACUACUAAUACAACCAGUAGCAGCGCAAAAAGGAUUCAGAAAGAACUUGCUGAAAUUAGUCUCGAUCCUCCCUGCAAUUGCAGCGCUGGGCCAAAAGGUGAUAACUUGUAUGAAUGGGCAUCUACUAUUACAGGACCUGCAGGCUCUCCAUACGACGGUGGCGUUUUCUUCUUGGACAUUACUUUUCCACAGGAUUACCCGUUCAAGCCUCCAAAGGUCGUUUAUCGUACGCGUAUUUACCAUUGUAACAUCAAUUCUUCGGGACAAAUUUGCCUUGAUAUUCUUAAGGACAAUUGGUCUCCUGCUUUGACGAUUUCCAAAGUCUUGUUGUCGAUAUGCUCGCUGUUGACUGAUGCCAACCCACGUGAGCAUGAUCCUUUAGUUGGAAGUAUUGCACACCAAUAUUUGCACAACCGCGAGGAACAUGACAAAGUCGCUAAAGAAUGGACUAAACGGUUUGAAUAA